AUGGCACCGUUACCCGAGGGCGAAGUGAGUGGCUGGGUGGACUCGCCUAACGAUCGGGGUACCAUCGAUAUUAUCUGGGGCUGUUGUUUGGUGCUCUCCACCGCUCUCUGGACAGUUCUGCAUCUGAACAUUCCGGCCCCUGACGAUGGCCUUUGGACGGUUCUGUGGCGCAAGCUUCGCUGGGGAACAUUUGCUAUCUUGGCCCCCGACAUGCUGGUAGGCUUCUCCGCCAUGCAGUACGAGUCAGCCCAGGAAUCGGUGCGCGACAUGCACCGCCUGGGCUACAAAGAAUGGACCCUCAAACACGCUUUCUACGCCAAUAGCGGAGGCUUCGUCCUUCAAUCGACAGACUACCCUCCCUUCCCAAUCACGGCAGCCUCGAUCCACUACCUCGUUGAGACACACCACAUCGACUGCCCUACAAUCACAGCGGAGGAGAUCUGGGAUAAAAGCAAGGCAGAUACGUUCGCUAAAUGCGUUGCAUUAGUGCAAGGGGUAUGGCUCGUGGUCCAAUCCAUCGCCCGGGCCGUACAAGGCCUCGCUGUCUCCCCGCUUGAGCUCUUCACCAUUGCAUUCGUGUUAUCCACGAUUACGACCUACUACUUCUGGAUGCAUAAGCCACAGAGUGUUGGGGUGCCGACUGUUAUCGAACUCAAGAGCGGAUCAGUCACCAGCUUGAUCAACAGUGCCGGGGAGAUCGGCGUUGAGCCCUUCCGCGAGACACCACUUGAUUUCCUGGAAAAGCCGCACCAGCGGUGGCAUCGCCGGCCGACCCUCGAGAAUCUCCGCCCGCAGAAAAGCCCCCUACAGCGUAUGCCAGAUGACAAAAUCGUGUUCAAUGGCCUGAGUCAACGCACCUGGCUACUGGUAUCGAUCCAGGCCAUGGUACAUCCCGCUGUCCACUUGCUGGGCUGGAACCAUGUGUUCCCGACAAGCACUGAACAGCUGAUGUGGCGCAUCAUGAGCGUCUUCCUGGCUUCUGGUCUUCCGUUGUCGAGCAUGCUGCGGAUAACUCUGACCGCGUUAGGCUUCGACGGUCACCAGUCCCUGACAUGGAUAUGGGUCCAGCCUAGCGGCAAAGAAGAGAAAGGAUGGCGUGCUUGGGUGCUGGACGUUGUCAUGUCCUUUAUCAGUGCCUGUCUGGUCCCGGCCCGCUUGUUUAUUAUCAUCGAGGCUUUUAUCAGCCUGCGACAGCUUCCAUCGAGUUCCUAUGUGACCGUUGAGUGGACGAGUUUCAUCCCGCAUGUUUGA